UUGCCAUUUCGAAACAGCAUGCUAUACAAAAACUACUUGGACACGAACCCCGGUCUCCUGAUUCAAAGUGCAGGUUCUGGCCCUCCAUCCACCCCAACCACCUCUUUUCUGUUAGAUAUCAUAUACCCACCUUUACCGUCAAAACUGACGGGGCUUCCCCCACUGCGUUGAACUUGACGAGUCAGGGAGUGAGAACAGGUUGCCUCUGUCUGCUGCAAGAGAGGGUGCAUCAUGUGGACAAAUGCUCACUCAAUGCAACAGGUUGGACAUGCAGCCACUUAAGAGUCUGAUAAAGGCUCAGCUGCCAUAUUAUAAAUUUAUAUCCAGUGACUUGAGGGAUAGAAAACAUGUGUCUCCCUUUCUGUCUUAAUGUCUUAUUAGACAAACAUGUAUAUUUAAACACAACUCGGGUUUCUACAAGUGAUUUUCAUGUAAAUGAAAAGGAACAGACUUUGUACAGAACUUUGAAAAGGCAUACCGGUGGGUGUCAAGGACAGAUUUCAACAUCAGCAAAAAUUCUGAGUGAAUAAACUUUUUAAUAAUCAAUCCUGUCGUUGUUAGAUGAUCAUAGGAUACAUGAUAUCAGUCCUACUGAACACCUUUAGAAUGAACAUAAACACAGCAUCAAGCAUUAAAACGCCACAGGUCCCUGACUUUGUUUUUUCUGUUGUACCAGACUGUUAUGGAUUAGGGGAGGAUGCUUUCAGUAAUGGCUGUGUAAAACGGCAGGAGUCACAAAGGAGUUGUUUUUUAUGCUUCUGCAAUUCUUUGUGGCAACUUCUGUCUCAAACUGCAUCUGACACAGAUAUAACAUGGUACUGUAGAGUCUCCUAGCACUGAAUUUUCAUGUGAAGUCAUAAUUCAGAGUUUAUGUUCAGAAAUUAGCUCAAAGCUUAAUAUAUAUGCAAUGGCAUUACAUUGCAUUAAUAGGUCAGUGUGAGUGGAAAGAUGAAAAACAAAAGACGCCCCGCCUCUCUAAUCUCCUUUAUAGGAGCUCAGUAGUACAGACUUAUCUUGCAGUGACACCAUUAAACGCACAAUGAGAAGCUUUACCUUGAUAACAGCUUUCCUUCUCUGCAGCCUCAGCUGGAUCUCUGUCUCAGUUUCUGAGUCUCAGACUGUGGAGGUCCAGCCUGGUGAGGAAGUCACUCUGCUGUGCUCCAACAUUUCCAGAGACCCAACUCAGACAGACUGGUUCAAACUGAUCAACAGAACCAAGCCCAGCUGUAUCUCCUCCAUGUACCAGUCUUAUGACAAUGCUUCAUUCUGUCAUGGAUUUAAAAAUGGAAAAUUUGAAAUGAGCUCCAAUGUCUCCACUGUCUUUCUUAAAAUCAAAAAAGUGGAUUUAUCUGACUCUGGACUGUAUUUCUGUGGAAUUUACGUGGAGAAACAUACAGUCAUUGCCAGUGCAACACAUUUAAGUGUUAAUGGUAGUGGUGAAUCUGAUGAUGAAGUGGCUUUUAAGACUGAAAAGGAGCCUGAUGGUCUGGCUGUUUUCCUCACUAUGGUCGUCAUUGUUCUGGCUGUUAAAAUCAGGAAACUUACAGGUACAAAUCUGGACUCAGAUGACCUGAACUACGCAGCUCUAAGCUUCCAGCCAAAAGCAAAAAGAAACCGCAGGCCUGCAUCUGAGAGAGAACUGGAGACAAAUGUUGUGUAUGCUGCCACCAGAUAGACUCAGAAAGCAACUGGAACUGCAGCUCAGAGUGGA